GUUUCCAAUUAACCCAAUCCUGCAUACAAAAGUCUUUCCAGAAACACCAUAAAAAAGAAAGAUCGCCUGGAAUUCGGCCAACCACCCAAACUCUACAACCCAAUGUGCAGUGUUGCAUUAGGAGCUAACAGCUUCGACCACAAUGGGUUUAGCCUUUAUAAACACAACACAAGACAGUUCCAUCUUAUUGAGGCACUAACGGGGAAAGUGAUGUAACUAAAGACCAGCUAGAACAGCAUAUUGUUAUUGUCAUUUCAGCAGUGUCAUAACAAAAGAAAAUGGGUCUCUGACCACUUUAUCUUUACGGCUCCUCUCUGUAUCAGCACCACUGCAUAUCCAACUCCCGCCUCUCUCUUAUGGACCUUUGGCUCACAGCAUAAAGAGGAGUCCUGUAAGGACAGUAGUAUUCAGAGGCUCUACUAUAACUGCAGCUGCCGUCAACGCUCAGAUCACACAUCAGUCUAACCCACUGACCCAUUAUCUCAACAAUGUGGCUGCUGAUUCUUUUAGCUUGGCUGGUGAUAUGGGCCGGUGGCACGUACUGGUAUUUGUUCGGGAAACCCAGUCCCUUUACGCUGGAGUCGGUCAGACCUCCGGGUCCUCGUGUGUUUGACCAGAAGAAGAGAGACAAAGUCAUCAAGCAAGGUUUCACUCUGGAGAAGGUGCCACAGAAUCUGGACGUCAUUGUCAUUGGCAGUGGUAUUGGUGGGCUGACAGCUGGAGCCACAUUGGCCAAAGCAGGAAAAAAAGUUUUGGUGCUGGAGCAACAUGAUCAGGCUGGAGGCUGCUGCCACACCUAUAUAGAAAAAGGCUUUGAGUUUGAUGUUGGUCUUCAUUACCUCGGUCAGCUCCAUGAGAACAGUCUGCUGCGUAUCGCCUUUGACCAGAUCUCUGAGGGUCAGCUGGAGUUCCAGGAGCUGAAUCCACACUUUGACACCAUCCAGAUUGGCCUGGGUGAUGAGAAGAGAGAGUACACCAUAGUCUCUGGGAAAAGUGAGAUGAAGGCUCAUCUGUUCAAACAGUUUCCUGAUGACACAGAGGCCAUCGAGACCUUUUUCAAGAUCAUGAAGAUCUCAGCGAAGAAGACUCAUUAUCUGGCCACUCUAAAGCUGAUCCCUCAGUGGGUUUCUCUGUUCCUGUUGAAGUCUGGCAUCGCAGACCUGGUGUCCUCAGUCUUCCGUCUUUCAGGGACAUGUGCCACAGAUUUGGUUAACUCUCUGACGAGCAACAAGGAUCUGCACGUCAUCUUCUCCUACCUUUUCUACGGCGUGCCUCCAAAAGACUCCAGCAUUCUGAUCAACGCCCUCCUCAUCCAUCACUACAAACGAGGAGCCUACUAUCCUAAGGGGGGCGCCAGUGAAAUCGCCUUUCACAUCAUUCGGACAAUUCAGAAAUAUGGAGGCAACUGUCUGGUCAGAGCCCCGGUCUCACAGAUCCUGGUCAAUGAGAAAGGAGCAGCGUAUGGUGUGAAAGUGAGGAAAGGUCAGGGGGAAGUCGAGGUCCAUGCACCUGUUGUUGUCUCCAACUGUGGUAUCUUCACCACUUUCCAGAAGCUUCUGUCAACAGAGAUUCAAGUCAAACACGAUAUUCAGGAAAGACUCAACACCAUGAAACAUGGCAGAGGGUCAUUCUUAGUCUUCUCUGGCUUUGACGGCACUGAGGAGGAGCUGGGCCUCGUGUCCACCAACUUCUGGCUCUUUAAAAACAAUGAUAUGGACAAGUCGAUGGAAGACUUCUUUGCUCUGAGCAAAGAGGACGCUCCAGAUAACAUUCCCAUGAUGUUCAUCACAAUACCGUCCUCCAAAGACACUGAAGCCAAAGUCAGACAUCCUGGAAAAUGUUGCAUGACAAUUCUGACAAUGGUGAAAUACGAAUGGUUCGAGGAAUGGAAGGACACCACCGUGCGGAAAAGGGGUGACGAAUACUACGACUACAAGAUGAGAUUUGCUAACAACCUGUUUGACUGGGCCUGCACUGUGUUCCCCAAGAUCAAGGACAAGUUAGUAUUCCAGGAUGUGGCGACCCCACUGACCAACAUGCACUACCUGGGGGCUCAACGUGGAGCAAUGUACUCCGCUGAACACAACCUUGACCGCUUCCAGGCGGAGACCGUAGCGAGAAACAGGUGUAAUACACCGGUCAAAAACCUCUACAUCUCAGGCCAGGACGUGUUCAGCUGCGGGAUAGCAGGAGCUCUACAUGGUGGACUCCUCUGCGCCUCCGCAGUGUUGGACCACAUCGUCUACAUCGACUUGCUCCUCCUCAAAAAGAAGCUGAAGAGGAGGAAGGCCAAGGAGGUGGCCCAGCUGGCCAAGAAGAAGCUGAAGUGAGCCAGCCUCAUGCUUCCCCUGGAGGACACAAGUGAAACUGCACCAACCUGGAGCCGUGUAAUGCAGGAUUAUUGGGAGGGUUAGAGGAAGACACAACAGAGGAAGAUGGCUAGCUGGAGAGUUUUGGCCUCAUUUACGGUCUGUGUUGGUCCUCAUCCCUCUGCAAGAUAUGGAAAUUAUGGUUAGUGUUCGGAAAACAUUGAGUACAGAAUUGUUGAGGGCUUAUAAAUGUUCUCCUGCAAUUCAGAAUAGAGAAUUUAAAUAUGAUAUCCUUAAAUCCAACAAUAUUUUAAUCAAUGUAAAUACUGUAAUUGUUUUAUAUUUGUUUUCACAUUAAUUUCAAUUGUUUACUCAGAUGUAGUACAUAUAUAUAUAUGUAUAUACUUAUGACUCUAAAACACUCCUUCCAGGCUUAAUUGUAUAAUCUAACAAUCAAAUGUUUAAUGUUUGAUUUAUUUCUGUCCUUAAUCAUUUGCCUCAUGUACAUGUCUAAUAUAUUUUAUCUUACUUUGUGCAAUAUGUACAGUCAUCUUUUCACUGUAUUACAAUUUUAAAACCACAUGUAAAUGUGUGGCGUUGACAAUGAUGCCACACGUAGAUCACCAAAUAAACGCUGUCAUAAAACACCCUGAGUGUUCAUUAACACCUUUCAGAGUUAUGUGGAGAUGCUAAAAAGGACUUCAUCAAAAAGGCUCCAGUUCCCACCUAUGUUGUUCUGACCUUGCCUUUAACCCCAGUUCUGUUUGGAUAACACCUGAAAUCAAACAUGAGGGGGGAAACCUCAGACUUCCUGCACUAAGUGAACAUUUCCACACUAAACGGUGAGCAGAUUGGCUGACAAACUGUGGUCUGCAGGAGAGGACCAGUGGGGUGGGUGGUGGGUCCGAGGAGAAGAAAGCCCCCUCUGUCCAGUCAGCCACGGGAUGCCAGUACCCGGGCCUGCCAGUCAAACCUCCAUCCCUCCUCUGCACGAAGCCAGAGAAAACCCACUGUCACGGCUGCUUUAUUCACACAGUUACUGCAGUUAUAAAAUGUCUUUUAUCAGUUUUUCAGA